CUGGCGCAAUGGGACACUUGAAGGUUGAUCACCGGCGUAUUUGGACGCGUUGGUGGCCAUGGAAGAUCGGAAUGAAGCCGGCGUGGUCCACAGGAGGCCCUUCACCAUCAAGAACCUCCUGCCCGACUCGGUGGCGGGGGAAGAGCUGGAGGUGAAGGCAGAGGGGGACAAGGAGGGUGGACAAGACGCGGCUGGGGCGCUGCAGAGCCGGGACGUCCCGGGCAAGGAGGGAGGAGAUGGAGAGAAGGAAGAGGGAGAAAAAUACGAAAAACCUCCCUUCAGUUACAACGCUCUGAUCAUGAUGGCCAUUCGCCAGAGCCGAGACAAGAGAUUGACUCUGAGUUCCAUCUACGAGUUCAUCGUGGGCAACUUCCCCUACUAUAAGGACAACAAGCAAGGCUGGCAGAACUCCAUCCGACACAACCUGAGCCUAAACAAGUGCUUCGUCAAGGUCCCCCGGCACUUCGAUGACCCGGGCAAGGGAAACUAUUGGAUGCUUGACCCUUCCAGCGAUGAUGUGUUCAUUGGAGGCUCGACGGGCAAGCUGCGGAGAAGGGCCACGACCACCCGGGCCAAGCUGGCCUUCAGGCGGGGGUGCAGGCUGACUAGCCCGGGCUUGGCGCUGGCCGGCUCCUUGUAUUGGCCCGUCUCUCCUCUGCUGUCCUUGCACCAGGCUCACCCCGGCCCCGCUUUCAGCUUCGCCGCUUCGCCGCCGUUCCCGGACCAGUGUCCACCUUACGCCGCGGUGUUGUCCCACCAGCUGGGGCCUGGAGCCGAGAGACUGGCCGCCCUGGGAGACCUGCCGUACGGGCCGGCUCACCGGCAGGUGUCGGCGGCCGCUACCGCCUUGGCCGCCUGCUCCCCGGCCACUUACAGAGCCUGCCCCGUCAACUUACUGAGCGGCCAAGCGAGCUACUAUUUCACCCCGUUACCUCUCCCCGCCGCCUCCCUGACUGGCGUUAACCCCCCUCUCCUCAAACACAGCGAGGACUUCGGGACAAGAAACGCCGGCUUCCUCUGCCCUUAUUUCCCCAACCCGACCCCAAACCCCUUCAGCCCCCUCGUCCUCUGAAUCCUCCAGCCCAGACUAUUUAUUGUGUAAAUAUCUGAUGCAAAGUCUCACUUUACUAACCAGUGUAUAAAGGGUAUAAGUUAUUUAAAAGGCAGACCCGUUCGUUCUCUGUAUAUAUAUAUAUAUAGUGUCAAUGUUGGAAAUCGUUGUUUGUUAUUAACGAGGUAUGUGGAACCUUUUCACUAUUAAAGCCAAUGUUCGUGUUCACAGCUAAAGGCAGGAAGAUUGU